UUUCGUGUCUGAGCCGCAGAAAUGUCCUCUCAGAUUUAGAGAUUUCAUCAUUAACGGAUUUUCUCUCGAUCGCAGCUCAGGGCGUUUCUCGUCUUUUUUCAUUUCCUCCUGGCUGCGGCGGAGAGUUCCCUGCAUCAGAUGGAUCCUGAAGCACAAACUGCUCCGUUUCAAGGACGCGAUCGUGAUCGGUGUUGUCUUUCCUGCGAAUGAUUCAUGUUUGGGGAGGAAAGUAAGGGAUGGAUGAGGACACGGUGCUGAGGAGUUGAGAUCCUGGCUGGUUGUGUUUGUGUUGGUGCAGGACACAUCAUGGCUUCAUAAUCACACGCGUCUUUUUGAGGUUAUUUGUGUAACUGGUGUGGAUCUGCUGAUGCUGACGAUGAGGAGGAUGAUGAUGUGAGGAUGUGAUCUCUGCUCUCUGCCUCCACACACGCACAAGCGCGCGCUCAUGAUGCCCAGGGCUGUGAGGAGACUGGUGCACAUGGUGCUGUUCUGCCCUCUGUCCAAAGGCCUGCAGAGUCGUCUCCCGGCCCUUAAGGUGAAGUACCUUCUCCUGGCAUGGCUGGGCGUCCUGGUCGCCAGCUGGGUCAUCUACAUGCAGUACGCCUCUUACUCGGAGCUCUGCCGUGGGCAUGUCUGCCAUAUGGUCAUCUGUGACCACUACAGGAGGGGCAUCAUAUCGGGCUCGUCCUGCAAGGCUCUGUGUGACCAGAGAACUCUGACCCUGCAGCACUGCAUGUCCACCUCCUCCACACAUCAGGUGUACAGUGGAGUGUGGAAUGAGAGGCCUGUUGUGAUCAAGUGCGGCAUCGAGGAUCCUGUGAAGAUCGAUGGGGCUCCGGCCUCUGUGCUGCGACAGGAGAUGAGCUUGUUCGACAAACCCACUCGUGGAACCUCCAUGGAUGAAUUUAAAGAGAUGCUGCACAGUUACCUCAAGGUGAACCUUGGUGAUCAGUCGUCCCUGAGCACCUUGGUGGACAGGGUCAUCACUCUUGCUGACAUCAACCAGGAUGGCAAAGUGACUCUAGCCGAGGCCAAAUCAAUCUGGGCUCUCCUCCAGAUCAACGAGUUCCUCCUGAUGGUGGCGCUGCACGAGAAGGAGCACACCCCCAAGCUGCUCGGCUUCUGCGGAGACUUGUAUGUGACGGAGCGAGUGGGCCACAGUUCCCUCUACAGGCUGGAGGUGCCUCAUUACCUGCAGGCCCUGGUCCCUGAGGCCCUGAGUUUAGGCCUGAACCACUGGCUGGCGCCGACGUGGCCCCUGAGAGCUCGCAUCACCAUAGGCCUGCUGGAGUUUGUGGAGGAGGUGUUCCACGGCUCCUACGGCAGUUUCCUAAUCUGUGACGCCAGUCCACUACAUGUGGGCUACAACGCAAAAUAUGACUGCAAGAUGGUCAACCUGCACAGUGUGGCGUCUGAGGCGGUUGUGCGGGCGUUUCUGAAGGGCCGGCGGUGCGAGACCAACGCAGACUGCACCUACGGCCGGGACUGCACGGCCACCUGCGAUCGGCUGGUGAAGCAGUGCAACACUGAGGUUGUGCAGCCCAAUCUCGCAAAGGUGUGCGUGCUGCUGCAGGACUUCCUGCUGUUCGGGGCGCCGUCAGACCUGCGCGGAGACCUGGAGAAGCAGCUGCGCACCUGUGUGACGCUGAGCGGCUUGGCAAGCCAGAUGGAGGUGCAUCACUCGCUGGUCCUCAACAACCUGAAGACGUUGCUGUGGAAGAAAAUCUCUAACACGCAGUACUCGUGAAAACAGGCUGAGAUCAUCCAGCCUGCACUAUGAAUCAUAACAGGAACACGAGUCGUUUUCUUUUCUCCUGAAACUGUGCCAAGCAUUCUCGAGGGUGGUGGUUACUUAUGUUCAAUUUGUAAUAUAUUUUUUCCCUUAACUGACUGUGAAUAACAGGAAGCUGUGAACUAAUGAAUUCAGAUGGACGUGCACAGCACAGGCCUUAAGUUGCCUGGGCAACUGCUCGUUUGCCCUCUUUAACACAGCUGCCCCCCUGGAGAACAGAAAAGUGUAAUUAUUAUUUUAGGUGCAUAGAUAUGAGUUAUCCCAAUAGUUUCUAAAGUUUGACCGUAUUAAAGUGUGAUAUAAGCCAGUCAAAUAAAAUAUUUAGAAAUGAUGUAGUUUGUUUUCAAAGUUUAAAUAUUCUGGUUUGCAAUUGGAUGGGUGACUGUGUUAGGCUACAGUCUCCUGUAAAUGACUUUAAACAUAGAUAUGAUUGUGUUUUGAGCUUAUCUACGUAGUAUGUUAACUUACACUCGCAAAGGGGGGUCGGGGUGUUUCCUUUUUUCAUGCUAGAGCAGUGGGCCCUUUGAAAUGUCUGUGCACGUCCCUGGAAUCCACAAUAUGAGAAAGGAGAGGAAGCUGCUCUAUUAUCUUAAAACAUCAUAAGACCCCCAGUAUGUUUCUUUUUAAUUUUUUUCCCUGAGCAUUAUUUUAAAUAUAGCAACUUCAUCGGUUUAGAAAUCUCAGGGCAAUGCCUUUAAUUUUAUUUGGGGAAACUCUGACCGUCAAGAAGUGUUUUUUAAAAUGUACUGGACAAUUUGUGGUUUUGUAGAUACUCCCUUGUAGAUACAAAGUGUCAGAUUGUGCCAGAGUGUGAUGGUUUUUGUACUGUAACUGUGAAUCUAAGUGGAACAUUGUUGAUUCCUGGGUAUAAUUGAGUAUGAAGCUGUGGUAGAAGAUUCAGUGAUGGAUUGAACAAUGCAAAUAUUGAAAUGUCCCUGCUGGUGUUGAUGUGACACUGAUGGACAUGUUGGAAAUGGAAUAGAGACAAUUAAAACGGUAUGAAGUUUUAAAUCAUGAAUAGUUGAUUAAAAUGUUCCACACAUUG